AUGAUUCAGCGAAAUGCAGGCAUGCAGAUGGGCAUAUCUUUGGCUGUGGCUGGGGGAGGGCGCCGGUAUUCAGCUUUGAAAAGACGCAAGGGCAGCCUGGAUGGCAAACAUGAGAAUAAUUUCCUAAUCGAGCCCUGGGCAAAUGCAGACAGCUCUCCUCGUAAAAUCUUUUACAGUCUGUAUGACACAAAAACCACUGACAGCGUGGCCUCCCGGCCGUUCCUGUCCUCGAUCACGGGGGUCUUGGAGAGGCUGCACCAGUCAUUAUCUCUGGAUGAGCUGACCAAGGCCCUCUAUUCAUUAGAAAAGAAUAUAACUUCUGUCAGCAACAGCUUACUGGCUGAAUUGUAUUCGGUUCUGUGCACCUGCUGGAGGUCUCCGACAGUACGCUUCUCGAAGCCUGUUCCCCGGGAUGCAAGCCGAGACAAGCAUCGACUACACCUGGAGGACCACAAACUCGGUCAAAAACGAUCUUUGGUCAGCCCGAAACCUCUUGGUCUUCCAGAGCAAGGAGUUGACCUCGACCUAGUGGACCAAUAUGACAUCAUAGACCGGCAAACCCAAUGGGGAAUCGAUCUAAUAGAGAAAUAUGUGAAGUUUGUGAAGGAUCGGACUGAAAUCGAACAGUCAUAUGCCAAGCAGCUGAGGACACUGGUGAAGAAAUACAGCCCCAAGCGAGUCUCGAAGGAAGACCAAGAAAUGAAGUUCUCCCAGUAUCAGGCCUUCAUCAACAUUCUCAAUGAAUUGAAUGACUAUGCUGGACAGAGGGAAAUUAUCGCAGAGAACUUGGUACAGAACAUCUUUGCCCAAUUGUUGAAAUAUCUACACGAAAAUAAGCAGGAACGCAAGAUGCAUCUUCUGGAAGGAAGAAAAGCUCAACAGAACCUGGAAGCUAGUUUUAAACAGCUGGAUUAUGCAAAGAAGAGGUUUGAACGAGACUGCAAGGAAGCAGAGAAGGCAAUGCAGAAUGCCGAAAGAGUCGACAAUGACAUCAACGCCACCAAAGCUGAUGUGGAAAAGGCAAAACAGCAGGCGAAUCUGCGAAAUCACAUGGUGGAAGAAAGUAAGAAUGAGUACGCCUCUCAACUCCAGAAAUACAACAAAGACCAGAAUCAGUUUUAUUUUGUCGAGAUGCCACAUGUUUUCAACAAACUUCAGGAGAUGGAUGAAAAGCGGAUACAGAAGCUAUGUGAAGCGUACAAGAUGUUUGCAGACACAGAGCGCCAGGUCAUGCCGAUCAUUGGGAAGUGUCUGGACGGGAUGACAAAAGCUGCGGAAUCCGUAAACGAGAGCGGGGAUUCACAGGUGCUGAUUGAGGCACAUAAGUCAGGAUUUGAGAGACCGGGGGACCUAGAGUUUGAGGACUACAGCCAGAUGAUUAAUCGGACUUCAUCAGAAAACAGUAUUGGUUCUCUGAAAUCGGAAUCUAAGGCUGACCAUAGGACCAUUGGCAAAAGCAAGACCAAGCGCUGGCCUUUCGGAAAGAAAAACAAGGUAGAGACAAAUACACACAGCUUCCAAUGA